UCAUUGAGAAAAGGGGAGCAGGAGCAGGGCUAGCGGGGGAGAAGCUCCCUGCAGAGCUGCUUCCUACACGGAUCCGAGGAGGAGCCUCUCCCAGAACGGGCACUGGACUGUUUUGACGUGGCGAUUCCCUCGGGAGCCCCGGGAGUUUGAAGACAGAAGGGAGAAGCCCGCAGAGAGCAUCAAAGGCUGAGGGGUGCUAUAAAAGGAACAGGGGAGUUCUUUGAAAAGAAUCUGUCAUGCACCGAAAUGCUUUCUGGAGAAGGUGCCAUUAUUUGCCUCCCCUUUUGCUCAGAUAAAAGGAGCCAGCAAGGACAGUACUGAAGUAUCCCUCAGGGGCCUUUUGGUCAUUGUUCCUCUUUCCCCUGCUCACGGCUAUUUGCUGACCUUUCCAGAGAAUCUCAGUCCCCCCAGUUCCAGCUGAGAAGACAGUUCUUAAUAAAAAAAAAAAAAAAGAAAAUUCUGCUGUUGGAAUGGGAGGUGCCGCUUGCUUGCUGUGGUUCUUUUUGCUGUGACAUUUUGGAAUGUCUGCAGAAACAAAAAAAAUAAUUUAAAAAACCUCAAAAACUCCCGGGAUUAGGCAAGAAAAAAGGAACUUUUUUGCCAAAAAGAAGUAAAUGAGAGGUGGUAACUUAUCCCUGAUCCAGGACCUGGAUGAUCAAAAUCUUCAAGUUCUAGGAAACAGCACUUCAACAAAUAAACAAACAUGAGAAGGAGUAGCUGUGGGAUCCCGAUAUCACACAGAGGCAGGUUUUAAAGGGAGCCAGAAACGGGUUCAGAAUUUUGGGGCUGUAUGAUGCCUGAAGACCGAAGUACUGGGGGGCGCCCUUCAGGUGCCUUGGCGUCUACUCCUUUCAUUCCUAAAACUACAUACAGAAGAAUUAAACGGUGUUUUAGUUUUCGGAAAGGCAUUUUUGGACAGAAACUGGAAGAUACUGUCCGUUAUGAGAAGAGAUACGGACACCGUCUGGCUCCAAUGUUGGUGGAGCAGUGUGUGGACUUUAUCCGACAAAGGGGGCUGAAGGAAGAGGGUCUCUUCCGACUGCCGGGCCAGGCUAACCUUGUCAAGGAGCUGCAGGAUGCCUUUGACUGUGGAGAGAAGCCAUCCUUUGACAGCAACACGGAUGUACACACAGUGGCAUCACUUCUUAAACUGUAUCUCCGAGAACUCCCAGAACCGGUUAUUCCUUAUGCCAAGUAUGAGGAUUUUUUGUCUUGUGCCAAACUGCUCAGCAAGGAAGAGGAAGCUGGUGUUAAAGAAUUAGCAAAGCAGGUGAAGAGCUUGCCAGUGGUCAAUUACAACCUUCUCAAGUAUAUUUGCAGGUUCUUGGAUGAAGUACAGUCCUAUUCAGGAAUUAACAAAAUGAGUGUGCAGAACUUGGCCACUGUCUUUGGCCCUAAUAUCCUGCGCCCCAAAGUGGAAGAUCCUUUGACCAUUAUGGAGGGCACUGUGGUGGUCCAACAGUUGAUGUCAAUGAUGAUUAGCAAACACGAUCGCCUCUUCCCCAAAGAUGCAGAGUUACAAAGCAAGCCCCAGGAUGGAGUGAGCAACAACAACAAUGACCUUCAGAAGAAGACCACCAUGGGUCAGCUACAGAACAAGGAGAACAAUAAUACCAAGGACAGUCCUGGAAGGCGGUGCUCUUGGGACAAGUCUGAGUCUCCCCAGAGAAGCAGCACGGAUAACGGAUCCCCCACAGCUCUAUCAGGCAGCAAAACCAACAGCCCAAGGAACAGCGUUCACAAGCUGGAUGUCUCUAGGAGCCCCCCUCUCAUGGUCAAAAAGAAUCCCGCCUUCAAUAAGGGCAGUGGGAUAGUCACCAAUGGGUCCUUCAGCAGCAGUAAUGCAGAAGGACUUGAGAAAGCCCAAACCACUCCCAAUGGGAGCUUACAGGCCAGAAGGACCUCUUCCCUGAAGGGGUCUGGUACCAAAAUGGGCACCCACAGUGUACAGAACGGAACGGUGCGGAUGGGCAUUUUGAACACAGAUACCCUCGGGAACUCCGUGAAUGGUCGCAGCAUGAGCUGGCUGCCCAAUGGCUACGUGACCCUGAGAGAUACCAAGCAGAAAGAGCAAGCAGGAGAGUCGGGCCAGCACAACAGACUCUCCACCUAUGACAACGUCCACCAGCAGUUCUCCGUGAUGAGCCUUGACGACAAGCAGAGCGUCGACAGUGCCACCUGGUCCACUUCCUCCUGUGAAAUCUCCCUCCCUGAGAACUCCAACUCCUGCCGCUCCUCCACCACCACCUGCCCGGAACAAGACUUUUAUGGUGGGAACUUUGAGGACCCCGUUUUGGAUGGGCCCCUGCAGGAUGACCUUUCCCACCCCGGGGACUAUGAAAACAAAAGUGACCGGAGGAGUGUGGGCGGUCGAAGUAGUCGUGCCACCAGCAGCAGCGACAACAGUGAGACCUUUGUUGGCCACACCAGCAAUCACAGCGCACUGCAUAGUUUAGUGUCCAGCCUGAAGCAGGAAAUGACCAAACAGAAGAUAGAGUAUGAGUCCAGGAUAAAGAGCUUAGAACAGCGAAACUUGACUUUGGAAACAGAAAUGAUGAGCCUCCACGAUGAACUGGAUCAAGAAAGGAAAAAGUUCACAAUGAUAGAAAUCAAAAUGCGAAAUGCCGAGCGAGCAAAAGAAGAUGCAGAGAAGAGAAAUGACAUGCUUCAGAAAGAAAUGGAGCAGUUUUUUUCCACAUUUGGGGAGCUGACAGUGGAACCCAGGAGAACCGAGAGAGGAAACACGAUAUGGAUCCAGUAAGGCUGAUUUCUCCCACUGUCUCCAGUGGCUCUGGGGAAGACUCUGGGGGGUCUGGUGGGACUAUUAUAUAGGAUCAGGUGGCUGGUCACCUGGCUGUACAGAGCUCUAACUGGGGAAGAAAUAUCAUUUACAGACAUUGCCCAUCCAUAUCUGCAAUGUGUACCAAAGUUGUAUCAUGCCCCAUAAUGCUACUGUCAAGUGUUACAACUGGAUAUGUGUAUAUAGAGUAGUUUUUAAAAAGUAAACUAAAAAUGAGAAGCAUAUCUCAAUAAUUAUUUUAUUGCAAGUCUUGUAUUUAAAAUGUUAAAUCAGUAUGUCAUUGCAGUUUAGCUUGCUUUCAAGCUUCACCCCUUGCACUUAAGCUAUUUUUGGCAUUGUGUUAUCAUCAGCUUAUUUUAUAGAUCAAUAUUUUUAUUUCCCCUUUUGCUGAGGAAAUGAAAAUAAGCAGAUAUAUAAAUAUAUAUAAAUAUAUAUAAGAUGAGUUAUUAAAAUCAAAAAGAGUACUUUGUGGCUGUGCUGUUUGUGCCAAUGGACCUUGCCAUGACCAAAAAGAGAAAUGUAAAUAAUUUUAUAAAAUACGGUAGAAUCACCAGGAACCUUUGAAUUGCUCUGUAAAUUCUGCCCUUGACACUGCUCAGUUUUCUUGGUGAGAUGCUUUGACACAGGAGAUUUUGGACUAUGUAAACAAGUCCCCUUCUCAAGCCCCCUGGUCUGCCUUGCCCGUUCCACAGAUGUAUGUCUCCUAUGCAGGAUGCACCUUAGACGGGAAGCAUGUUUUUUUUUUUAAAAAAGAGCAUUUAAGCAGUCAUGCCUUGAAUUACUCUGUCCUUCUACUGGAUAGUUAUGAGGGAGAUUCUUCCUGCCAUUGGGAAGUUGAAAAACAAUGCUGGCUAACCAGUGCCUACAUUGAGCACGUGUCCUCUACUCCAACCCCGCCCCCCCACCUCCCCGCCCCCAAUGCAAACAGUGAAAUAGUAUUAGUGUGUCUCUCUCAGUUAAACUGCUAGAGUGUGUGCCAUAUAUUCUUUCACUCAGGCUGACUGCUCUGUUGUCAUCUAGGAUUCUUUCUGCACAACAGAGGGUAAAGGCAGUUUGCAGCAAGAGGGGGCUGAUGCAGGGGAAGGGGACCAGAAGGAGGAGGAGACAAGAUUGGAAGAAACUAACUAUUUUGCUUCUAAUUUUUACAGUAUUCUUCCCUGUCAAAAACAUUUAUUCACAAUAAAUUUAAAAUGCGAA